AUGCAGGCAGUGGAAAGCUUCAGUUUUGAGCGCUACAGAGAGACAGUGGACUGGCUGCUGAGUCACACUAAGCAACGGCCCAGGAUUGCCAUCAUCUGCGGCUCCGGACUAGGUCUCCUUGCUGACAGCUUGAAGAACCAGGAGUCUUUCCAAUACACCGACAUCCCCAACUUUCCACGCAGCACAGUGCCCGGCCAUGAAGGACGUCUCAUCUUCGGGGAGCUGCAAGGCCAGCCAUGCGUUUGCAUGAAGGGGCGCUUCCACAUGUAUGAGGGGUAUCCUCUUUGGAAGGUCACCUUCCCGAUCCGGGUGUUUAAACUCUUGGGUGUAGAGACGCUGGUGGUGACCAAUGCGGCUGGAGCCUUGGGGGAUUCGUACAAUGUCGGAGACCUCAUGGUUAUCCGGGACCACAUCAACUUGCUGGGCCUGGUUGGGGAAAACCCACUGAUGGGGCCCAAUGAAGACAGGUUUGGACCACGUUUCCCUGCUCUUUCCGACGCCUACGACAGGAAGAUCCGCGCACUUGCAAUGGAGACAGCCCGGCAGCUUGGAUACACCUCCUUUGUCAAAGAGGGCGUCUACUGCAUGGUUUCAGGUCCCAACUUUGAAUCCAUCGCAGAGGCCCGGUUGCUGCACUCGUUGGGAGUAGAUGCUGUGGGAAUGAGCACUGCUGCUGAGGUCGUCGUGGCCAGGCACUGUGGAUUACGGGUCUUUGGUAUGUCGCUGAUCACUAACAAAGUGACCAAGGAUUAUGAUACCCAAGAGCUCGUCGAUCAUCACGGAGUGCUGGAGGUGAGCCAGAGGCGAGCUUCCACCCUCCAGAAACUGCUCACAGAACUUGUGGGCAAGCUGGAGUCGAUCGACAACAGCAGUGGCAACUAG